AGUUGCAGGGCUCGAACGUUACUGCAAUAACCCCGAGCUGUACAGAGAGCAGAUCUACAACAUCCGGGCAAUACUGCAAGCCUGCGCAGAAAAGGAAUGGCGGAGAAGGUUAAAUGGGUUCACGGCCUGAGUGUGGUCCGUAUGGCCUAGCGAGGGUGUGGAGAUCCAGCGAUGAGGGCCACAAGAAGCAGUCACAGCAGCAGGGCUCCACACAGACUGCCGUAGAGGACUUGGAGAACCGCCAACUGCUCCAGCCACGUCCUCUCCCCAUGAAGAUGGCAGCUCCGUCCCAAACAGCCAGCGAGCUUCCCCUGGAGGAGCUGCUGGCUCUGUACGGCUACGAGGUGCCGGGCCAGCUCCUACAGCCAGGCAGGGACGGCUGCCACCUGCCCCACAUCACACUGGACAAGGUUCAGGUGACCGAGGACAUGUUUGUAGGAGACGAGGAAGAGGAUCCGUCGGCCGAUGAAGACCUUGCGCCCUCCUCCUAUACUUCCAACCCUUCUGAUCUGCUGAGACGACUGCGAGGUGGAGACAAACAGGCCGACGCUGGCUCUUCAGAAGAAGACUCAGACGGUGCUUCCGUUCCCUCCAAUGGAGAACGCAAGGAUAUCAUGGUGGGCUCUAUGUACCAGGCCCAGAUCCCUCCGCUCAGCCCGUACGGCUCCCAGGGCCGAGCCUACGACGGUGACGACCAGCUGCUGUGGAGCCCCGGGGUGCUGCCCCCACAGGAGGUGGAGGGAUUCCUGCUCAGCGCCCAGGCCCCCAGCGCCCAGGAGGUGGCGCCCUACACUAAUGCACACCGGGACACCCUCCGCGACAACGAGCAGGCCCUCUAUGAACUGGUGAAAUGCAACUUCAAUGCAGAAGAAGCCCUAAGAAGAUUACAUUUUAAUGUGAAAGUGUUCAAUGAUGAGCUGUGCUCCUGGAGUGAGGAGGAGGGUCUGGGUUUCCAGCAGGGCUACCGGGCCUACGGGAAGAACUUCAACCUCAUACAGGCCAAUAAGGUACGGACACGCUCGGUGGGGGAGUGUGUGCAGUACUACUACCUGUGGAAGAAGUCUGAACGCCACGAGUGCUUCACACAACCGGCCCCCAAGAUGGGCCGCAGGAAGUUCACCCUGCAGUCCGGGAACAUGGAGGAUGCGGAUCAGUACGAGGACCUCAGGCCGCUAGAGAGCCACGGUAACGCCAAAGCUUCCUCCCACAAACCCCUCAGAGCACAGAGGAUGAACCUCGCCCCGUCGACGGCACAACGCCCCGACAAACCAGAGGAGGAGGGUCGCCCGAGGCGCAGAAGAACUCCUCGCUUUCUGUUAAAGUCGUGAGCUCGGCCCCAGAACGCAGGCGCAGGCGGUGAGUCGGGGCUCCUUGUGAUGGACGGCCGUCCUCGGAAUCUCCUCAGCCAUCCCUUCUCCCCCCUACUCUCCUCUUCCAUCCACGGAUCACCCCAUGGGUUCUGGCCCAGGCGGCGGCUGUGUUCGACACCCCAACCUACCAACACCCCAAGCGUUCCACUGUACCCCCCUUUCCAAAGAGCACUGAGCUUCUGGGUCGUCCCAGUCCAGAGGGCAUCCCCUCCCCCCCCCCCCCCCCCCCCCCACACAGACCGUGAUAAUGGCCCGAUCCAGGGGCUGCAGGCAGGGACUUAGGCCAGCUCCAUGCAGACCCACCUGCACCGGCCACAGCACCACCCUUCACCACAGACUGUAGGACCUCCAGCAGUUUCAUAGGCCUGUGAAUCGUCCAGUGAAGGGGCGGAAAUGGAUCCCAGUCAAACCAAGGGCAGACGGAGAACUUCUUCCUGAGGUUGUAUGGAGAACUGAUCUUGAGUUUUUUCUUAAAUUUUCUUUUGUAUAUUUUGUUCAAGACAGGAGGGGCAUUGUCCACUCUGAACUGUCCGAUGUCUGGGGUGAAAGAGUGUCCCACUCCCCGAGUCCUGGGAGGUAAUUCUUGCUCCCUAUGAACUGAACUAAGAACAGAAGCACAUUGACCAGCCUUCCCCCGUCCACCCAUUAGUGGACGGACCUGUCAAUCAGUAACUUUGGGCUGCUAUUGGAGACUACAUUAGUUUACUGCUCUUCACUGGCUGGACGUUUUGACUGCAGGUACUGGGAUGGUGAACAGAAUAGUGUGUACUCACUGUCGGCAAGCAUAAUGAACAAAGUUGAUCACCGUCCACCAACUGGUUAGAACAUCAUAGCAAAUGUUGACCACAACUUUUUUUAUAUAAAUAUAUAUGAUUAUACGCUAAGUACAAAAAUUUAAAUUCUUAUCGCCUAAGUGAUCAGUCGGGUACUAUGUGUUUAUACUCAACCUCUUCAAAAUUCAAUAAGCCAAUUGGACGACAGGUUGAUGCCUGUGUGAAUGUAUAGUGAAGCUAAAGUUAUGAAGUCGAUGAAGCAUCACCGAAAGUGGCCUCUUACCCAGUUUAGAUCAAUUGCUUUCCUUUCUUUACUGCUUUUUACUCCUUUUUUAUCUUCCUUUUUUUUUUAUCAAGCAGUCUAGUGUCCUUGACACAACGUUGCUGGUACUUGGCUAUACCAACGUUUUUAAAUGAACCCUUUGCUCCGUUUAUUCUUGUGACAUUGCGUUUAGGGCAACGAUUAAUUAACAUUUAAAAAGAGCUUAUUUUAUCUCAACAAUAGCCAGUCCAUGCACUUGUUAGCAAUGCAUUGGUUACUUUGCUCUGUAUGGUCACGCUGGAUAUGAAGUCAUAUUGGAUUCCUAUUGGACGAAUCUAACAAUUAAUCUCGCAACCGGCCCAAAAAUUACUCCGUUCAACAAGUGUCUACAGCCACUUGUUAAAAUCUCAUUGGCUGAACAGCUGAUAAUCUGUUUUACUGUCCCCCGGUUGAAAAAUAAUACACUUUACAAUCAGGAAUAAAAAGCAGACGGGAACAUCAUGACAAAAUAAGUGCAUAUCGCUUCCUGGAGGUUUAGAUUCGUGGACCAGGCUAGACUGAACGAAUGGCAAGAUUAUCACAUGUAAAAAACAAACACAUGUUCUAGCCUCUACUACAAACCAAAAGGAAUUAUUGUUUUUCAAAUUGUUGUUAAAGACACAAAUUCAGUGGCAUCAAGCCUCCAUAGCCCUUUCUAUUUAUUUCCUUAUUCUGGGUUCACACAAACAACAAACAAACAAACAUGGCUGCCGUUUGCUUUUUGGUCCAACCCAGUGAGAGGUCAACAUUUGUCUUUGUGUUUGCAUUGUUAACUGGCGGAAGAUUCUGAUAGUGAAAACAGAAAAGGGGGAACGGUAUCACCACAGUACACUGCCUUUUUGUCUUUUUAAGCAAUUUAUAUAUUGUACCUCUGUUGUUUAUUGGUUUAUAAUUAUUAUAUUUUGUACAUAAAAGAAAAAAGGAACUAUUAAAAUCGACAUUCAGAAUUGAA